UCCCACAAAAUCAUCAUUACCUUAUCUAUCAUUUUCCACAAUUUGACUAAUAACCCAACUACUUUUCACUAAAAAUGAAGGCCGCCGUGAUCCUUAUUGCCGUUCUGGCUUGCGUCGCCAUUUCUCAGGCAUUCCCUGAGGAGCAGGUAGCUGCGGAGGCAGCUGAUGCAGUGGAAACUAUGGCCGCUGAUAAUGAAAAUGAUGAGGACCAAGGGGAAGGAGGCAAGGGGAAGGGUAAAGGAAAGGGAAAAGGAGAGGGGAAGGGCAAAGGCAAAGGCAAAGGAGCUGAAAAGAAGGCUGAAAAGAUGGCUGCAAAGGACGCCAAGAAAGCUGAAAAGGCAGCAAAAAAGGCAAAUUAAAGUAGUUAAACUUUGUCGCAUAUUUAAUUGAUUGAAUAAAACGUUAUUGCAUAAUUCUUGCUCUUA